AUUUGAUAAAAUGGCGGCACCCUGGUGACACAAUGUUGAUGUGUUUAGAUUGUAAAGAUUUUAUUAUUAUAUUAUUAUUAUUAUAAUAUUUUGAUAUAGAUUUGAGGUGAAACGUUAACAUGAGGCGGUUGCUGACAUUCGGCUGUUCGCUGUCGCGGAGGAGUUUGUGGUCCAGUCACAGCACAGAGAAGAGAGUUGGAGUGGAUUUAGAUGGAAGGAAACUUGAGAUAUCGACGGGGAAGCUUGCGAGAUUCGCAGACGGUAGUUCUGUUGUACAGCUCGGAGAAACUUCAGUGAUGGUCACCGCCGUCAGCAAGACCAAACCUUCACCAUCACAGUUCAUGCCCCUGGUGGUGGAUUACAGGCAGAAAGCAGCGGCUGCUGGACGAAUCCCCACCAACUACCUGCGGAGAGAAACAGGCAUCAGCGACUCCGAGAUUCUCACCAGCAGACUCAUCGAUCGCUCCAUCAGGCCGCUGUUUCCUGCAGGAUAUUUCUACGACACACAGGUUCUGUGCAACAUUUUAGCUGCUGACGGUGUAAACAAUCCGGACGUCCUCGCCAUCAAUGGAGCAUCUGCUGCUCUUGCUGUCUCCGAUAUUCCCUGGAAUGGACCUGUUGGUGCUGUGCGUAUCGGCAUGAUCGAAGGAGAGUUUGUUGUGAACCCAACUCGGAAAGAGAUGAGCUCCAGCGCCCUCAAUCUGGUGGUAGCUGGAGCUCCUUCUAGCCAAGUGGUGAUGAUGGAAGCAGCUGCUGAGAACAUUCUCCAGCAGGACAUCUGUCAUGCUGUUAAACUGGGAGUGAAACACACGCAGCAGAUCAUUCAUGCCAUCCAGCAGCUGGCCAGAGAGCUCAAGGUGGUGAAGCGUACGCCACAGAAACUCUUCACUGCCCCUCCUGAGAUGGUGGAGUACACACGCCAACUUGCUGGUGAGAAGAUCUAUGCAGUCUUCACAGACUUUUCACAUGAUAAGAUCUCCAGAGACGAAGCUGUGAAUAAAAUCAGACUCGACACAGAGGAGCAAGUCAAAGAGAAAUUUCCUCAAGCCGAGCCAUUCGAAGUGAUUGAGGCCUUCAACGUGAUUUCUAAAGAUAUUUUCCGUAACCUGGUGCUGACUGAGUACAGAAGGUGUGACGGCCGAGACUUAACGUCAUUAAGAGACAUUUCGUGUGAAGUGGACAUCUUCAAACCUCUUCACGGUUCUGCUCUCUUCCAGAGAGGACAAACGCAGGUGCUUUGCUCAGUAACUUUCGACUCUGUAGAGUCCAGCAUAAAGACGGACAUCAUAACCACGGCUCUGAGUGGGAUAAAAGACAAGAAUUUCAUGCUCCACUAUGAGUUUCCUCCGUAUGCGACGAAUGAAAUCGGGAAGAUGGGAGGACUAAACAGACGAGAGCUUGGUCACGGCGCUCUGGCUGAAAAAGCCCUGAGACCCGUCGUUCCUAAAGACUUCCCCUUUACCAUCCGAGUGACCUCCGAGGUUCUGGAGUCCAACGGCUCAUCGUCCAUGGCAUCGGCAUGUGGAGGCAGUCUGGCUUUAAUGGAUGCGGGUGUUCCGAUCUCCUCAGCGGUGGCUGGAGUGGCUGUGGGUCUCAUUUCCAAACCAAACCCUGAGAAACUCUCUGAGAUUCAGGACUACAGAUUACUGACUGAUAUAUUAGGGAUUGAGGACUAUAAUGGAGACAUGGAUUUUAAAAUGGCUGGAACAAACAAAGGCAUCACUGCACUACAGGCUGAUGUUAAGAUCCCAGGACUUCCUCUGAAAAUUGUAAUGGAGGCAAUCCAGCAGGCGACAGUGGCUAAGAGAGAGAUUUUAGGGAUCAUGAAUAAAACCAUUUCGAAGCCCAGAAGCUCGAGGAAGGAGAACGGUCCUGUUGUUGAAAAUGUUCGUGUGCCGAUUUCCAGAAGAUCUCAAUUCAUUGGUCCUGGAGGAUACAACCUCCGCCGACUACAGGCCCAGACAGGCGUGACUAUAAGCUCGGUGGACGAGGAGACGUUCUCGGUGUUCGCUCCGACUCCUCACGCGCUGCACGAAGCUCAGGAGUUCAUCAACGACAUCUGCAAAGACGACCAGGAACAGCAGCUGGAAUUCGGGGCUGUGUACACGGCAACCAUCACGGAAGUCAGAGACAGUGGUGUCAUGGUGAAGCUUUAUCCCAACAUGAGCGCUGUGCUUCUACACAACUCGCAGCUUGAUCAUAAACGGAUCAAACACCCCAGUGCUCUGGGACUGGAGGUCGGCCAGCAGAUCCAGGUGAAAUAUUUCGGACGCGAUCCCACAGACGGCAGGAUGAGGCUGUCACGUAAAGUGCUGCAGUCUCCCGCAGCCACGGUAGUGAAGACGCUGAGCGAGAGGCAGAGCAUCACCAUGGGAGCAGCAGACAAACAGACAUCACCUUCCUCCUGACUUUUAGACUGAGUUUUUCUGUAUCAGACUCCGCAGUUGAGCCAGAUUCAGUUUCACCGCGUCACCUGUUUCUGGUCAUGUGUUCACCCCAAACGAUGUACGUUGUCCUAUAAUCACAGUGUUUGUUCUGGGACGCAGGUGCGGGUGACCAUUUAGUGACGUUGUGUGAGUUGUUUUUACCGCACAAACAGUGUAUAUGUUGUGAAACUAUCUUAACGUAAAUGUACAUACAGUUUGUACCUACA